UCGGUGGAAGUACUUUGUUGGGGACAUGUCGCAGCCAGGGGCAACGUUAAGGGGGGGAUAGGCCCAGGGAGGUACACAUCGGCCUCCAACCGCGCAUUUAUCGCCGGUAGGGGCCCGAUAGCGGACCCCGCCCAGGAGAGUGCGGAUUCGUUCUCGGGGGCCUAUUGCCGAUCUAUCGGCGACGUACCGCCGAUUCCAGCUCGGUGUUUCCCCACUGAGCGGGUCCCCCCCUAACGCUGCCCUUCAGGAUAUGUGGCAGUGGAACGUUCUGGAUGUUCUUCUGGCAGCCUGGGGCGUGCACGCCGUGUGUCAGGGCAGGAGCACGUUCACUUAUCGAAGACGAUUGUGCGUUUCUUUCGCCUGGUGCGGCUGCUCAGAGUAACCAGCAACGCGCUCUGCCUCCGCGACCUCCGCCUCAUGGCCUGCACGCUGCUGCAGUCGCUGGUGUCGAUCUUCUGGGCGUUUGUGCUCCUCUUCGUCGUCAUGUACUGCUUCGGCGCCUGUUUCACGGAUGCGGUGUCCGGCUUCCUAGCAGGCACCGAUCGCACAGGCGCCGGCGACGGGCACCACGUCCACGAGGAGAUUCCUGGCGCCGUCUGGAUCAGCUGUACGGGUCCUUGCCCAGGACCAUGUGGACGCUGCUCCUCGCGAUCACGAACGGCGCGGACUGGACGACGCUUGCGGAACCGCUGGCGGAUGUGCACAUGGUAUACGUGGCCAUUUUCGCAGUGUACGUCGUUCUGGUCCUCGUCGGGGCGCUGAACGUUCUUACCUCCGUCUUCGUGGAGCGCGCGCGGGAGCUCAGCAGUUCGGACAGGGACCUCGCCACGCAGGCAGAGCUGGCCUCGCAGGAGGCGUUCAUCGUGGAGAUGCGGCGCAUCUUCGAGGAGGUGGACGGGGACAAGGACGGCAUGAUCACCUGGGAGAAGUUCAGGGACUAUCUGAAGAACGAGCAGGCCCAGGCCUUCUUCACGACGCAGGCGCUCGAUACCUCCGACGCCGCCGGGCUGUUCAGCUUGCUGGACAAGGACGGCAGGGGCAAGAUCAAGGUUGAAGACUUCGCCCUGGGGUGCAUGAAGCUGCGCGGGCAGGCCAAGAGCUCGGAGGUGGCCACCCUUCUGCGCGAGAGCCGCAAGGCGAGCCGGAAGCUCAUGACGGAGAUCCGCCAGCUGAAGGACCAGCUCGAGCUGGGCCAGCCGGGCGAGGUGGAGCACGCCGGCCUGCGGCGCGGCGCAGCGCGCCGGGCGGCGAGCUGCACGCCCUCUCGCACGGGGCGUUCGGGGAGACGUUCGUCCACGCCUGGUCGCAGUACGACGCAGCCUCCCCGCCGACGUCGAGGCAGUGCUGCUCGUGAGCGACGACGCGGCCUUCAGCGGCGCGCACUUCCGUCCCAGACCUGGAGGUGGGGCCAGAGCGCCGCAUAGCGCGAGCGAUCUCCCACAAAGUGAAGCACAGCUAGGCCGCACUACAUUUUUAACUGCUAUCAUGCUGUAGUCGAUACACAGUGGCCCCGAAGUCGGUUCGACAGCUCGAUCGAUCGAGAUGACGGUUGGAUUCUCUGCUACGCGAUGGGCCGCCUGUGCUUGAUGAGGCACAGCGACUCCCAGCAGGAACCACCUCUGUCAUUUCUGGCCUGUUUACUCACCGAGUCAUGCCUGCGAUAUUGAUCCAGGGCAGGUGUGGGUUUCUCGCCUAGCUAUACUCCAUGAAUGUUUUGUUUUGUUGCUUGGACACGCGACUGCCUGGCAAUGACCACGCGCGUGCCCACGCAGCGGCGCUGGACAACAGCAGCGCUUUUCUCUGCUCACUCUUGCGUUACUGCGCCUGCCGACCCCUGGAGGGUGUUUUGAGGCCACGGGGAUGACACGUCAUUCUACGCCCGACUGCCAUCGAUAGUAUGAUCGCACUCGGUGCAGCACAUACCAUACUUCGCUUUGAGGCAUUUUCUCUUGGCUUGGUAUUGGCCAUGCCAUCCUGUAAUACCUGCCAGAGUGCACCCAAGACAGUCAGUUCCUACACACAUUCGAUGUGCAACAUGUGUGGUGCAACCUGUGUAUGGUGUAGCUGAUGUGUUGCAUGGCGCGAUUCAAGGCUGCCUGACAGAGUCCCGAGCAGCAACCGCGGCGACGCCGAUGACACUGGCGGCGCAGCGACCACGGCGACCACGGCGACCACGGCGCGGCGGGAAGCCAUUUUUGACUCCAGGCGGCCGCCGAGAACGGCGACGGGGCGAAUAUGCCUAGAGUCCCCAGCUGGCGCACGAGGCGCCAUGGGGGCGCCCAGGGCUUGCAGCGUCGCGGGAGCCCAGAUGCCCUGCCCCUCCUCCUCCUCCUCCUCCUCCUCCUCCUCCUCCUCCUCCUCCUCCUCCUCC